AUGGAAGUAUUGAAAGCACUUGUUGCUAGAAUAGCUCGCGCAUUUUAUGAUCCUAAAUAUAUCGUUAUUCUGGAUGAGUUGAAUAAUGCUCCACCUAAUAGCAAUGGAGUCAAGGAAGACGAUCUUGUCUUGGCUCUAAAAAUAACAGCACGCGACAUUCACAGAAUUUGUGGCAAACUGAAAGAGGAUAGGUUGAUUAAGAUGGUGAAUCGAAUGGAACCAAGAAAGCCCGAUCAACGCAUGGUUCCUAAAACAUACUAUUACAUUGAUUACAAAGAAUUCGUAGACGUUGUUAAAUGGAAAAUGUAUAAAAUGCAAACAAUUGUAAGAGAUAAAUUACGAACUGAAUCUGAGAAUAAGGGCUAUGUAUGCCCGACUUGUGAAAAAACAUUUACGCCUUUGGAUGUACUCUCACUCGUUGACGUAGCAGAUCAGCUAUUCCAUUGUGAUCAGUGUGAAACUGUGCUAGUAGAAAAUGAUAAUGCAGAAAAUGUCAAAGGAAGCCAGCAGGUACUUACAAAGCUACGAGAACAAUCUCAGCCUAUCAUUGCACUUCUCAAACAGACAGACUCAAUUGUCAUUCCCUCGAGCUAUGUCUAUAAACAUGUGCCUGGUAGCAGAACGAACGGGAACAGAGCGGACGACUAUGAACUUGCAACUGCUCAGGACACAGGUGCUGGACAGGGUGACAUCAUUGUUGAUCUACAGAUGGACAACGAAGCAGCCAGACGGGCUAAGCUUGAAGAAGCUGAACAGAAAAGACAACAAAAUGCUUUACCUGUUUGGCAUCAACGAUCGACUAUUUCCGAUACUAUCUUGGUGGGUACAGGUGAUCGUCCAGCUGAAACUCAGGAACAAGAGGAAGAGGAUACAUUUGAAGAAGUUGGACAGACUGAAGUAGAUGCAGAUACUGAAGACUAUUAUGCCAAAUACUAUGAGAAUCUAAGCAACAAUAUCACAGAUCAGCCGGACGAAGCUAUGGGCGAAGAACAGGAAACGUUUGAAACAGUCAAUACGGGUGAGAUAGACAUGGCCAAUGAUGAUAGUGAUGCCGAAGAAGAAUUUAUAGAAGAUGUUCCACUUGUCUCUGUCAAUGGAAAGAUGAUACCUAUAAAUAAAGUACAAGAAGAAGACCAACACAAUAUGACGACAGAUGAAUACAAGGCAUACUAUGAAGCAUGGGAACACUGGCAAAACAGUUAA